GAGAGAGUGAGGAGGCUGCGUAUCGAUCCCGCUCAACAGCCAUUGCAGUGCAUUGGACUUCAUAGGAGAUCCAGGCAGCUUUGGGUGGGCAGUGCGCGUGUGUUUGUGACUUGUGUGAACUGAGCUCCUAGAGUGCGCGGAAGUGUGACACGGGAAAACAUAAAAAAUGGGUAAAGGAGAUCCUAAAAAGCCAAGGGGUAAAAUGUCCUCAUAUGCCUACUUUGUGCAAACCUGCCGGGAAGAGCACAAGAAGAAACACCCAGACGCAUCAGUGAACUUUUCAGAGUUCUCAAAAAAAUGUUCAGAAAGGUGGAAGACUAUGUCUGCUAAGGAGAAAGGAAAGUUUGAAGAUAUGGCACGAGCUGACAAGCUUCGUUAUGAAAGAGAAAUGAAAUCUUAUGUACCACCUAAAGGAGAAUCAAAAAAGAAGUUCAAGGACCCAAAUGCACCAAAGAGGCCUCCUUCAGCAUUCUUCUUGUUCUGCUCCGAGUAUCGUCCAAAAAUCAAGGGAGAACAUCCUGGCCUUUCUAUUGGGGAUGUUGCAAAGAAACUUGGAGAGAUGUGGAAUAAUACUUCUGCUGAUGAUAAGCAACCUUUUGAAAAGAAGGCAGCUAAACUGAAGGAGAAGUAUGAAAAGGAUAUUGCUGCAUAUCGGGCUAAGGGAAAGCCUGAAGUAGCCAAAAAGGUAGCUGCAAAGCCUGAGAAAAGCAAGAAAAAGAAGGAAGAGGAAGAUGAUGAGGAUGAAGAAGAGGAAGAAGAGGAGGAAGAUGAGGAUGAGGAGGAAGAGGAGGAAGAUGAUGAUGAUGAAUAAGCCUCCAUUUAGAUCAGUUGUCUUGUCUAUAAAAGCAUUUAAACCCCCUGUACACAAUUCACUCCUUUUAAAAAGAAAAAAAAUAAGCAUAAAGCUGUGUAAGAUUUAUUUUAAAACUGUACAGUGUCCUUUUCUUUUUCUUUUUGUAUAGUUAACAUGCUACCACAUGUGUCUUUUGGUAGCUCAGUCCUUUUAGUGGUAUCUCAGUGGCCACUAACUUUGCCUAGUACAGUAUGGGGGUUGUAAAUUGGCAUGGAAGUUUAAAGCAGAUUCCUUGUUGGUGCACAGCACAGAUUAGUUACACAUGUAGUUCAUUAUUCAUCUUCAGUUGUCUGCAUCAUAAAAAUAAUAGUUGUUCUGUUUAACUAAAUACCACUCUGUAAUUGAAAAAAAAGUUGUAGCUGUUGACAUUCUGAUUGCUUCUAAGUAAAUACAUUUUUUAAAAAAUUAGUAUUGUUGUCCUUUCAAUAGGUGCCCUUGUAAAGUCAGUAUUUUUCUUUUUUUUUUUUUUAUUUAGUUAUAUAGAAAUUUCAUCUUCUAUGUUAUGUUCUUUUGGGUUAACAUCAAAUUAGUUUUGCCUCUUCACAUAAUAAGCUGAUACAAGAGCUUUGACCUACAUGCCCUACAUAAUCAUGAUAGGGUAGAAAAUAAAUAUAUACAGCAUAUGCAAAGCAGUUUUUUAUGUCAUGUAACAGGUCACAGUUCUUUUUAAAAAUAAAACACCUGUUCUUAGCCAAUCCAUAUUUGCUCAGCUUUUGCUACAUACAAUAUUCUACUGAGUUGUGUAAAUUUACCAGUUUGGGAAGGACGAGAAAUAUAGAAUUCAAUUCUUUGUCAUGGAAUGCUUUCCAGGGGAAAAAGAAGUUCAAAUUAGUGUCCUUGGAGGACUACUAAGAGAAUAUUUUCUCAUAAUGGUCUGUGAGAAAUUUACAUGUGUGACUUCAUUGGCUGAUAAUGAGAGUUAUAUUUGCAAAUAUCUGAAUACAGAGGUGAGUGUACCCUACCUAAGAAGGUAAUGUUAAAUGCUAAAUUGCUGUAAUCCUUUUAGGAUACCAUGUCAAGUGAUAGUUGUGGGCUUUAUACCAUGAACUCUCCUGGUAAUAAAUCCCACAGGAAAAAGAUUUUACUUUGUUAAUGUUUUCUAUAAGUGGUUCCAUUGUUUGAUCUGUAUAAAUUCAUGUUUUCAGAACUAGUUUUAGCCCAUUUUCAAAAUUUUAUAUUGUCUCAAAUUAAAAUGAGAUAAGAUGUAUCUUUUUAUGUUAGUCUUUUAUAACGCAUUCUUGAUAUUUGCCCAUUUUGUAAGUUAAACAGCUGUAAGGGAAAAUACAUUUUUUCAUUUCAAUGUGAAAUGCAACAUGGUAUUCUAAUGACCUCUGAUUUGAUAAAAUAAUAGGUUGCUUUGAAAACCAAAGUUAAGAUUUUUGCAUAUUCAGUAAAAGUGCUGCCAAUUAUUAACUCACAUUUACCUGCAGACUAAUUUGGGAAUUGAUUGGCAAUUCUGUAGUUAUAAAAUGAUGGUUUUCAAGUGCCAGUGUUUAAAAUAGCAUUCUUGUAAUUUUACACUUUUGAUGGAGUAUUGUUUUGUUAUACAAUUUUGACUUUUAAGAUUCUUACUUCAAUUUUGCAUUUGUUUAUGUAUAACCUCAGGAGAAUAUUGAACAUCUGAUUUCCUGGUUGAUACUAAUAAAAUAAGAAUUACAGAGGUUUUA